UAGUGUUUGUCAAUAAAGUAUUUUUUCAGCUAGCCAAGAUGGCGGACUACGACUUGACAACCAAGAUAGCUCAUUUUCUGGAUCGGCAUUUGGUUUUUCCUCUGUUGGAAUUCCUGUCUGUGAAAGAGAUCUACAAUGAAAAGGAACUUCUUCAGGGAAAGCUGGACCUCCUCAGCGACACAAACAUGGUGGAUUUCGCCAUGGAUGUGUACAAAAACCUGUACCCGGACAAGGAAAUCCCACACUCUCUGAGGGAGAAGAGGAGUACUGUGGUCGCCCAAUUGAAGCAGCUGCAGUCAGAGACGGAGCCAAUUGUCAAGAUGUUUGAAGACCCAGAGACAACUCGGCAGAUGCAGUCCACAAGAGACGGAAGGAUGCUCUUUGACUAUCUUUCAGAGAAACACAAUUUUCGACAAGAAUACCUGGACACACUUUACAGGUACGCCAAAUUCCAGUACGAGUGCGGUAACUACUCUGGGGCUGCAGAGUACCUCUACUUCUUCCGUGUUCUGGUUCCAUCAACAGACAGGAAUGCAUUAAGCUCUCUGUGGGGCAAACUGGCCUCUGAGAUCCUUAUGCAGAACUGGGAGGCAGCCAUGGAGGAUCUCACGCGACUAAGAGAGACGAUUGAUAACAAUUCUGUGAGCUCUCCUCUGCAGUCACUCCAGCAGAGAACCUGGCUCAUCCACUGGUCCCUCUUUGUGUUCUUCAACCACCCUAAAGGCAGGGACAACAUAAUCGAGCUCUUCCUCUAUCAGCCUCAGUACCUGAAUGCCAUCCAGACAAUGUGCCCACAUAUUCUAAGAUACCUUACAACUGCAGUCAUCACCAACAAAGACGUGCGAAAGCGCAGACAAGUGCUCAAGGACUUGGUGAAAGUCAUUCAACAGGAGUCGUACACAUAUAAAGACCCAAUCACAGAGUUUGUGGAGUGUCUCUAUGUGAAUUUUGACUUUGACAGCGCCCAGAAGAAGCUGCGGGAGUGCGAGUCGGUUCUGGUGAAUGACUUCUUCCUGGUCGCUUGCCUUGAGGAUUUUAUUGAGAAUGCCCGUCUCUUCAUCUUUGAGACUUUUUGUCGGAUCCAUCAGUGUAUCAGCAUCAGCAUGCUGGCAGACAAGCUCAACAUGACGCCGGAGGAGGCGGAGAGGUGGAUCGUCAACCUCAUCCGUAAUGCCAGACUUGAUGCCAAGAUCGACUCCAAACUGGGUCAUGUGGUGAUGGGCAACAACGCAGUGUCGCCGUACCAGCAGGUGAUCGAGAAGACCAAGAGCCUGUCCUUCCGUAGCCAGAUGCUGGCUAUGAACAUAGAGAAGAAGGUGGCCCACAGCAACAGGAAUGAGACACCGAAUUGGGCUGCUCAAGACUCUGGCUUCUAUUAAAAUGGAAAUCAGCUUCAAGAGGAUGCAGAUGGCUCUCACAACAUUAUUUGGGCUUUUUAUUGAAAUCAUUAAUCUAUCAUUUUUGCUACUAUUGUUAUGGAACUGGCUGCUUAACUUCUGAGGUAAAAAAAAAAAUAUCCAAGAGAAGGCAGCAAGUCUUGAUGAAGACAUUGUCAUUUGAGGUGUUAUUUAUUAAGUGGAUACUCUCUUCAUCAGAACUUAAUUGAAAUCUGGUAUUAAAGAGGAACACUACCUAA